UUUAGCCCCCACCCGGGUGCGCAGCCAGUCACUGAAAUGGAUCUUUGCAAUAUAAACCUAAGAGAAGAGAUGUUAGAGAUUUUUAUCAAUUGAAUAAUGUUACUCUAAGUUUUAAAGUGCAACAAUUAAUAAUCAGAUAGCAAUUGACAGAUGUACUAAUUGAUUUUAAUCGUAUGAGGAUAUGUUACUCCACUCCCGUGAUAAAUUAAUGCACUCAUAACUCAAAGAUAUUUGGAUAUAUUCUACAUAAAUACUGACAAAUACAUAAAUAUACAUGCUUUAACAUCUAAAAUUACAACAUAUUUGUCAUCAUGUUGGAAGGCCUUGUCGCAUGGAUACUCAACAAUUAUUUGGGAAAAUACGUCGAAAAUUUAAACACAGAUCAAUUGAGUAUUGCACUUCUAUCUGGGGAGGUAGAACUAGAAAACUUGCCUUUGAAACGAGAAGCAUUGAGGCACAUUGGCUUCCCAGUUGAAGUCAAAGCAGGAUUCGUAGGCAAGGUGCGCCUGCAUGUCCCAGUGACACAAAUCCGGACGGCACCAUGGGUCAUAGUCAUAGAACAAUUAUAUCUUGUAGCUGGGCCAAUAUGUCUUGAGGAGUAUGACAGCGAGGCAGAAGAUCAAGCUGCUCAAGAAUAUAAACUAGGCAGAUUAGAUAUGCUCGAAGCUAGGUGGCGUGCGGACACAGAACGAGAGCUGGGUUACUAUGCAACAAGUUAUAGUUCUUGGUUAAACUAUGGUACUUCGCUAGUGACGAACAUCAUUGAAAAUUUGCAACUCAAUAUAAAGGAUGUACACUUUAGGUAUGAAGAUGACGUUACCCUAUCGUCGCAUGACGGGAGUGGAGUUGCAUUUGGUGUUACCAUAGGUGCAUUAACAACUCAAAGUUGUGAUGCCAGUUGGAUACCAGGAUCUACUUCCUGGAAUCUUGGAGAUGCAUCAUUCAAGUUAAUGGAACUAGAUGGCUUGUCUGUCUAUUGGGAUCAUUUGAGAAAAGGGGAACUCCUCGGUAACUUGAAUCUUGGUGAUCUCGCUAUUGCAAUGAGUGAGUCAAGGAAAGGAAAGCGGAAACAUAUCUUGUCACCUGUAGGUGCGCGGGCGCAUAUCAAACGGGACAGAUCAGAGAGACCGCUAAGAUCAGUAAAUAAACCCAGAUUGAUUGUUGAUCUGUUGUUAGAUCAAGUUCCAUUAUCAAUCACUGAUUGGCAAUACGAUCAAAUCGUCAAAUGUAUAAAGCAAUUGGAGGAUAUAGAUCGGCAAAAGCGACAACGACGAUGUAGGCCAAAUGUUCCAAUUAGUGAAGCACCAAAGGAGUGGUGGCGAUAUGCUGCCCGUUGUCAUAUAGGUAGAGAAACUCUCCGAACAAAAAUGUUGUGGGAAGAUAUUAUUCAGAGGGGAAAACAAAAUGUUUUAUAUGUUGAAGCCUGUGCAAAGUUAUUAGGCACGCCGACAGCAAUACUCGCAACUGAAUUGAAGCAAUUCAAAGACACCAUUGAAAUGGAACGUAGUUUUGAUGAACUCAGAGUUUUGAGGGAAUUGGCAAUGGCGAGAGUUAGGCCACCUAAAAUACCUCAAGCUAGCACACCGACAUCACCUCAAGGUCGGGGUAUGCUUGUGCAGUGGUUUCCUCAGUGGUGGGGCUGGUAUUCAAAAACGUCAAACAACAAUAUUCAAAGUUCAUCGAAGUUUGAAGGGGAACUUUUGGAUGCGUUAGCUGAUACUAUGGAUGAUGAUACUUUAAUUCGGAGAGAUACUGUGUUUGGACAGUUUAAUUUUACAUUGUCUAAAGGUGCUGUCCGUCUCUGCACGGGCGAAGGGGAUAGGGAGAAUACAAAGACGGUCAUGGAAUUACAGUUUGAAAAAGUUCAUCUCAAUUACGAAUCCAGGCCCAGAUCUGGUUCGCACAAAUUUUCAAUAAGUUUAGGAGCUCUGUAUUUGCACGAUUAUUUGACGGAAAAUUCUACAUUUCCUGUUUUGGUGCAACCACAAACAGUGUCCCUUGCCAGUAAUCGACUGCGCGGAUCAUCAGAAAAACUGCCAACUCAGUCAACACAGCCGUUAUUCGAAUUAGUCUAUGAGAAAAAGCCUCUUCACACUAAUACGGAUCAUUCAUUACAAGUCAACUCUAAGUCAUUAGAUAUUGUGUACAAUCCAAUUGCAAUGCGGUGGCUGAUAGAUUUUACUUGCAAACCUCACAGAUAUGCAUCGAACCAAAGUUUGCAGGCUAUGAAGCGCAGAACGCGCAAACAGUUGAUGAAAAACUGGGAACAAAUUUUAGAAGGUGAUCUAGUCUACCGUGCUUCAUGGGAUUUACAGUUUGAUAUAUCAGCUCCUCAGAUUUUAUUGGUAGAAAGAUUUACGGACUCAAACGCAGCAGUGAUAGUUGUUGAUUUUGGGAGACUACAUUUGACAAAUGGCACAGAAACUGGUGAAGUAGUGCUCAGGCCUGGAUCAUCAAAUAGCGAGGAUGAUGAAAAAUAUGUAACACCGUGCUCCACACCACCUGGCAGCAAAGAAACUGGUUCAUUGCAAGAUAUUCAAGGUCUCUCUGAUGCAGCGUUGCAUCAGAGACUCUAUGAUCAAUACUUUGUCGACUUAUCUGACUUACAAGUCUUAGUUGGUAAAGUGAGGGAUCAUUGGAAACAUGCUCGCACAAGGGGAAUGUCAAGUUUGCACGUAUUGGAAAGGUUCAACAUUUCUCUUCAAAUUGAAAGACGAGUGGUUACUACUGCAGACCCACAGUUUCCUUCAAUCACUGUGUCCGGGAAUUUACCAAGAUUGGUUGUCCAUGUGAAUGAGCAAAAGGUUGAAGCUAUUCGGUCAAUGUAUGAUUUAUUGUUAUCGUUCUCUAACGCUUCGGAACCUGACAAACCCAAUUCAGAAAAUUGGGAACCGGGAAGUCCGAAGAAAGAGGAGAGUCCUGACAAAACUUCGACACGUUUAAUGAUGAUUCAGUUUAUAAUUGAUCAAAUGACUUUUGAACUACAAUCCAGAGGACGCAGUGUUGCUGAACUUCAAGUUUCUGGAGUGAGAGUUGCACUGAAUAAGAGGCCGGCUGAUUUAAGUGCAACAUUAUCGGUCCACAGUUUGUUAUUAGUUGAUGCUUUGCAAGAAUUUGGACCUGAUUUUGAACUUUUAGUUGCUAGUCACAAGCAUGUUGGAAUGGAUAGUGUUUCUGGAAGCUUACGAGACUCCGAACCGGUUUCUCCAACAUCACCAGUAUCUCCAGCAUCUCCAGAUCCAACGUUACCACGGCGAAUAACAUCCCCUGUUGCUCUGACGCGAGCUCUUUCUACCUUAGCGCGAGACUCGAAAAAUUCGAGCCCUCCAAAAACCAAUUCUUUUAUCGGUUUAGAUCAUUUGGAUUCUGAAGCAUUAAUUAUGGUUGAGCUUAUGCUUGUGGACGAUGCAUCAGAGAAUCUACGUAUUGCGAAUAUACAGUUUAAUAAUUUGGACAUCAUUGCCAAUCAAGAAACAAUAGUAGAGCUCAUAGGGUUUGCGCGAAGAGCUUUCCCGACACAUAAAUCAAUUCUAAAACGGGCGGAAAGAUUCGGAUCUUCAUCAAGUCAAUCCCAGGAAAUAAAGACAUUGGUGAGAACUGAAAUAACAUUCGACUUUCACAGAUUAAAUGUAUUACUAUUACGAGCCGUUAUGCAAGACAGCCAAUUAGUUGGCCAGAAGAUAGCUACAGCAACUAUGACAGAUGCCCGGAUUCAAGCAACUUUAGGUACACAAGCUCUAGUUUCCGGAUCAUUAGGUGGCUUACAAGUACUCGAUCAAACACUCACUGGAAAAAUGCAUCAAAGAAUUUUGAGUGUUGGCAGAGAUCCCAUCGCAGAUCCACCUCAACAUCCAUUGGAACAUUUUGCAAAUUUAACUAAUCAACCCGAAGCGUUCAGAUUUUGCGUAAAUAGAAGUUACAAACAAUCAUCUCUGUCCGACAGUCUGGAGACAUUAGCAGAGGUCACGAUUCGUGUUGGAAGUGUUUGGUACACACACGCUCCUCAUUUGAUAUCAGAACUACGUUCUUGUGCAGAUGAAUUCAAGCAAUACUUGAGUAAAUUCGCAAGGCACAUUGGAGCAGCUGCUACGGAUAUGGCUAUUGGAUUGGUCCAUGCUGAGGAAUGGGCAGUACCACCGCGGAAACGUUUACCAAGUUUAUCACUUGAUGGUACAGACAGUUCUGGAUCUUUAUGUUUGAAGCUUGAUGCUAUCUUGGAUAGCCCUGUACUGGUCCUACCACGAUCUGCUCAUAGUACACAGGUAUUUGUUGCUCACCUUGGCACAAUGGCUUUGCAACAUGAUCCACCAAUUCAUUCAACGGAUAAACAAAAAUUAACAUUGGAGGUGCGCGACAUGAAUUUAUAUUCCCUGGACAUUUCAUUGAAAGGUAAUUUGGCCAGUGGAAGUUCCCCGUCUAGAGCUGAAGACAUGUAUUGUUGCAAGGAAUAUGGGAAACCGAUUUUACAUGACACCGGGUUGAGGAUUGUUUUAGAAAAAGAACACAACUACCUAUCAAGGACCCCAAGUUUUCCACUCGAAUCUGAGCCACCAAGUAAUCCUGUCAUCCAAGUUCGUGGCACUGUCAUUACACCCUUAAAAGUAUCAUUGUCACGUGGGCAAUAUGAACAACUUUUGGACACUGUUCACCGACUAAUUUAUGUUUCAAAUAUAGAGCCUGUUGCAACAGAACAGAAAAUUCCAAGUGCCAAAGUAUCAAACUAUUCCGAUAAGUUUGACCUCUCAGUGAAAGUUCUAUUUGAGCUACCAGUUUUGAGCAUUGAACUAAGGCAAGAUCAGGUGGAACAGCCUUUGGUCGAUUUAUCGAUGCGAGAUUUUGUUGCUAAAUAUGAAAAGCUAAAUAAAUUUGAAUCAACGAUAGAAGUAGCACUUAAGAGUCUACUUAUGGAAGAUCUUCUCUGCCCUGUCGGAUCUAGACAUCGAUACAUGAUGCAAUCUUCUGCACCAAUUCGAGCAAGAUUGCCAGCUGGUGUUUCUAAAUCAUGCCCUGAUCUGGUAUACGUUCAAAGGUGGAAAGAUAACUUUGGUAGAGGUAGCUUACCUGAUAGACUUGAAACCGAUACUCUGUAUGGGGCUGUACCUGCACACUGGCGUAGGAAACCAGUCUCCCAAAUAGAUACACCAAAUACUCCCCCACCCUCACCUGGAGCAGUGGUUAGUGAAGAAAAUUUAGUAUUGAUUAAUAUUACUAUGGCGCAGGCAAAUCCAACAAUAACCAGUAAUAAAGUGCAACGGAAAUCCGUCUGUGUUGAUUUCAAUUGUCUAGAUUUAGUGGUUAGUGUUGAAUCAUGGAUGGUUGUACUUGAUUUCCUGGGACUAGGAUCGCCAACAGAGUCUAAUCCACGAAUAAAUGUACUCAAAGAAUCAUCGGGCACUGAUGCUGUUGAUGGAAUGGAAGAGUUUCCAUUAGAUUCAGAAAUAGAAGUAGAAGUAAGAUCUUUGACUUUAGUGCUGACACGAGUAGAGCGAGAAAUUGCUAAAGCCAAUAUAUCGAAUGCAAGUGUACACAUUCUCAAGUCUGAUGAUAAAACUAAAAUAUCUGGAUCUUUAGGAUCAAUGUCUUUAUUGGACUUGACUCCUCAUGGUAGACUGUAUCGGGAAAGAUUCUUAUCCUCUGGUAGAGAAGCCCUCAACUUUCAAUACUUGAGUUACAAUGAUGCUCAGGAGAGACCCCACGAUGCACAAUUAAAGUUGAAGAUGUCAGCGGUACACUACGUUCACACACAAAGGUUUCUUGCGGAACUACAAGCAUUUUUUGGACAUUUUUCACAGCUAAGAACAGUUAUGGUCAAUCGAAUUCGAACUGACGAAGGGCCUUCAAUGGAUGUUAAUGAGAGAGAUAUGCGCUUAUCCUUGGAACUGCACGCUGGGGCCCCGGUGAUACUACUUCCAGUCAGUUCACGAUCUGAGGAAUUAAUACUUCUGAAUCUUGGAGAAUUGAGUGCACACAACUCGUUCAAAGUCUGUGAUAAAAUUUCUAUUCGCCUGAUUGAGUUAAUACUAGUGGAAUUAGUUAACAUGGAUGUUUAUACAGUAAAAAGACUGAAGGCUGAUGAUAAUAAUCACAAUAUAGAUGUUUUGACUAUUGGUAGCUUUUACGUGAAAAAAUUGGGCCCUUCCCUGUUGACGGAAAAGUGUCACUUGAAGCUACAAGUUGAAAGAAACUUGGACACUCAUAUUAGCAGGGAUUUUCCCGAUUGGAGUGUUCAUGGUAUAUUAUCUACGAUGGAUUGUGCCCUUGAUCCAGCACAAUAUAUGCUGAUUCGUGGAUUGCUAUCUUAUAAUAUUGGUGAAAAUUUGGACGACCUACUACAGAUGAUGCAAGACUUGGGUAACAUGGAUGAAUCUUUCUACAAUACCGAAGAUACAUCGGAGAAAGUUUGGACAAAAUCAUGCAUUACUCUAGAGUUGGUAAAUGUUACCGUUGCGCUGCAUCCAAAUCAUGAGCUAGCUGCCUUGGCAUGUGUGAAUUUUAUAAAAUCAAGGCUUACUUUGGAUUCACUGAGUGAUGGGUCCCAAGAUAUAGACUUAGUCUCCCAAGAAAUCUUGGUAACAGAUACCAGAUUUCAAGAUGAACCUGUUAAUCAUAGAUCCAAUGUUUUCACCAGUAUAUUACAACCGUUGAGAAAUUCAGGAAGUAUAGAGAAUCAUGUCCAGGCUGAAGUACACCAUAGAAAACGAAGACAUAUGGUUGCUACUACAGUUAUAUUACACAGUAUGCGUCUAACAGCAAUAUUGGAUUGGUGGGAAGCAGUUAAGGAUUUUCUUGUUUUAAACGCUCCUGAACCUGAAUCGGUAGUUGGGAUUGUUCCAAUGGUCGUGCCACAAGAAAUCGAUGAAAGUAAUUUCGGAAGUAAUGUACCAUUUGAGUUGAAACUCAAUAUUACAGAUUCCGAAUUGGUUAUCGUUGAGAAUACAUCGCUGUGGGAUACAAAUGCAGUCAUUUUGAAAUCUACUACAGUUCUUGCUUACAGAUCUGCACCUCAACAUGGAGAAAAGCCACUCUCUUGUAAUUUAUCUCGCUGUGAAUUGUUUUCAUGUAUUCUCGGGCUUGAGGAUGAAACAGCAUUGUCAAUCAUUGAUCCAGUUGGAGCUAGUUUUGAAUUAACACAGGAUAAAUGUUUGGAAAUACAAUUACAGCCUUUGAGCGUGAGGUUGAGCUAUCACGAUAUCACUAUGUUUACGAGAAUGCUGAGUUCUCUUCCCAAGCAAACUUUGUGGGCCAAACAACGUUCUAAUGGACCGCCAGCAAAUGCAAAGAGUCAUGUUAUGAAGCUCUCUGCGCUGGGUUUUGCAGAGACUGAUUGUGAGGCAGCUUUGGAUCUUUGUAAUGGACAGCUUGAUGAUGCUGCUUUAUGGUUAACGCAAAAUGCCAUUCCAAACUCUCAAGCCAACUCAAGUGGCUCACUUUACAUCCAAGCUGUUGAAGUACAGACUCUGUGUUUAAGGAUUUGCAUCAUUGAUGAUUGCAGAGAUGCUGAUGUACCCCUGUUAGAAAUGACAAUGUCGGAACUUUCAUUGAGGCAAUCAUUAGCAGGUCCUGGCUUAGCAUCAGCAAAUUUCAGCGUGGAUUAUUAUAACAGAGUUCUGAGUGGUUGGGAACCAUUUAUAGAACCAUGGAGGGCUACAUUUCAGUGGGAGCAAACACUGACAAACUUGUUAACUCUGAAAAGGUUGCAAAUAUCUGUCAAUUCUGAAGACUCGAUGAAUGUCAAUGUAACAUCAACGUUAGUGGAGCUGGUAAAAUUAGUCAAAGAUAACUGGACCCAAGAUUACUACUUAUCUAAUAAAGACACACUUUUGAGUAAGCCAUUUGGAAGUCCUACAGGAUAUCGUAGACGCUCGCCAUUUGUUCCUUUUGCUUUAAAAAAUGAAACAGGCUCAAAGUUGUGGUUUAAAACAAUCAUUGCAACCACAGAUACCAUAAAUGAGAUCAGCGGAACUUCAAAGUCAGACAAUAUGCUAGAACUAGAUAUGACUUGGGUUGAAGUUGCACCGGAUGAAACAAUCCCUUUUACAUUUGAAGAACGAGGUAAGCUACGGCAUCAUUCUACGCACAUUGUUAGAAGACAUCAAAUAGCUGUUUCGGUCGAUGGCUGGAGACCUGUUGAUCCUGUUACUGUUGACAGGGUUGGAAUAUACUUUCGCUAUGCAAAUGUGGAUGUAAUUAGUAAUUCACAGCAGCAAUUAAUGGUACCAAAGGCAAGGGUAGUUUUUGAUGUUGAAUUGGAAGGGUCAGCCAGAAAACUGGUGACUGUUAGAUCAGCCUUACAGGUUGUGAACAAGCUAACGUAUCCUGUUGAAAUAAAACUAGAAAAACCCAUCAAUCAACCAGGAUUUUCUUUGAUGUCUCCAGUGAUGAAUGGAAAAAUAUUACAAGUGGCUGCACAAACAGUGGUAUCAAUACCACUAACACAUACUGGUGCACAAAUGUUACUUAGGCCGAUUCAUUUGGAUCGUAUAUUUCAAUUUUGUGUAGAACCUAUCUUUUGGUCUGCAGCGAAAAAACCUUUAGAAGUAGCAGAAAUACAUACUACAUGUAAAACGAAUCAGAAUGACAUAUUUAGAAUGUGCGUCACGAUAAAACGAGACAACUAUCCCGCAGAUGUGAAUCUGGCAGUGCCAACGAUGCCAGCGCAUUCUAUUAUAUUUCUAGCACCUAUUACUUUGACGAAUCUAUUGCCACAUGAAAUAUCUUAUACUGUUGCAUCUGAAAGUGGUAGAAUCCUGCCAGGCAACAGCGCCGAUUUACAUACUGUAAAUAAUGCUGAGCAGUUAGAGGUCAAUAUUCAAUUAGAAGGAUAUCCUGGUACUGGGAUGUUGUUGCUACCACAAAAUAGCAAUUCUUUUACCGGUCGAAUGAGGUUGACGGACUCUUCUGGUCGAAUAUUAUUUUUGCACGCGACUGUUGUUGUGGAAAAGGGGUCCGCAUUAAGAAUCAACAUCACUGCUCCAUAUUGGAUCAUAAAUAAAACGGGACUACCUUUGGUAUUUAGACAGGAAGGUGUAGGUAUAGAAGCUGCUGGUCAGUAUGAAGAACACGAAAGAGCUCGGAUGGUGGCUCCGUUGUUAUUCUCUUUCAGUGAUGAAGAAGCCAGUAGAACAUUAGUUGUCAGAGUUGGUACUGGUGUGCAUCCACAUGGAGCCCCACAGUGGUGUCAGCAGUUUCAUUUACAACUUGGUGUGCAAGUACAUCGUCUCAGAGUAAGCUUACGUGAUGGCAGACCAGAUAUUGUGUAUUUGAUUGGAGUAGCGACCCGCACAGCACGAGGUAGAUACAGAGCGACCACAGUCGUCACAUUAUCACCUAGAUACCAGCUGCACAAUAGGUCAUCCUGCACCUUAGAGUUGGCUCAAAAGUGUUUCACUACAACAGUGAGCCACCCAGAUGCACAAGCAACGUAUAUAACAGCAAUGCCAAAUUGUCAUAUGCCAUUUCAUUGGCCUAGACUCGAUAAAGAUCAACUUUUGUGUGUUCGAGUCAUUGACGUGGUAAACUGCAUGUGGUCAGGAGGUAUUAGAUUGGAUGGAAAUCACUCGUUAACAAUCAAUAUCAGAGAUACAACAGGCAAAAUGCAUUUCUUGCGAGUAGAUGUGGUUUUACAAGAAAGCACAUAUUUUGUUGUUUUUACCGACGCAGACACGAUGCCACCACCAAUCAGAGUAGACAAUUUUUCGGAAGUACCCCUAGUAAUUAAUCAAACUAGUGUGGCAGAGAGCCAACAGUGGACUGUGAGACCACAUUCCUCGGUACCUUACGCAUUAGAUGAACCAAUCCAAGUUGCUGGUUUAACGGUAACAGCACCUGGAGGCGCUACAUCAUCAUAUGAUUUGAACAUUCUUGGAGAAACUGGUGGAUUGACAUAUGAAAAUUUUAUCUACAUAGCUUUUACAGGUACUUUCAAAGUGGACAGUGACAUAAGUUCCCGAGACAAUGGAUUAGAUCCACUUGAUGUGGAAACGCAAAGGCUAGUUCUAGAAGCUGGGCCUGGAGGCUGGGUUGCGCUGCGUAGAAAACAAUAUGGAGCAAGAUCUCAACUAUGGAGAAUGACAAGUGAUGGACAAUUACAACAUGAAGGUUCUAGUCCGCCGCGAGAUAAAUAUUCUAGAGCACCAGAUACGGUAUUAGUUUUGGAUAUUGCUGGAACCGCACCGCAACCAUUUUCAUAUUGCGCCCUUGCUUUACGAAGACCAGAUCCCCGCAGAAGAUCUACACAAACGUGGUUAUUCACAGAUGAUGGAAGAUUAUGUUGCGCUCAUCAAAAUAUGUGUGUCCAGUCGAAAGAUGGGUUCAUGGGUCUUCACGAAGGGCACGGGGUUGCCCGCUGGCAAAUGUGGAGCGAGGCUGUCCUAGGUCCACAAAUGCACAUCAGCCCACCACCGAUUGAACAAUGUGUUGGUAGGCAAAGAUUGCGGCCUGGAUCUGGUUUUUUAUCAGUUAGAGUAUCAACUGAUGGUCCUACGAGAGUAUUACAAGUCUUAGAUAUCAAAGAAAGAAAAAAGACGUUCGCGUUGCUUGAAGAACGCGACUGGUCUCAUAUCGCAGUAACUCAACGUCCUACACACGUUGCGCCGAAUACUCAAAGCACAGAUACUCGGGAAUUACAAUUGAGCAUACGAUUACCUGCUGGAUUGGGUUUAUCUAUUGUCUCUCGAAGACCAGCAGAAGAAUUAUUAUUCGCCAGACUGGCUGGCAUUGCUCUGGAACUCGUGCAAACUCCUGCUGGUAUUGCUCUAGAUUUGAGUGUGGAAGAUGUGCAAGUAGAUAACCAGUUAUUUGAAGCUCAGUGUUCGACGGUUCUAUACAUCACGAGAUCCACACGUGCUGACAUUGAUAACCGACCAGCGAUUCAUAUUGCCGCGGAAAAAUUACCUUCUAAAAAUCAAAAUGCUGAAAUUUACAAACAUUUGAUCGUAAGCGUAAAGCCAUUGUGCAUGCAUUUGGAAGAAAGGUUAUUAUUGAGGCUGGCUGCAUUUAUGGGGGCCGGAAAAUCCGAAUUAGAUGCACCGAUGGAUGAAAAUGAUUUCAAAGCACAAAGAUUCAUAUCAGAAGUUUCUGCGGCUCACGCUACUAGAUAUUACUUUGGAACAUUAAAACUAGUACCUAGCCAGGUAAGAUUGAGCGUAUUAACGACAACAAAAUUACCAGCUCCACUCCAAGCGAUAAAAAGGAAGCUAGGAUUGACGUUAAUUAAAUUUGAAGAUGCCACCAUAGAAUUGGAACCUUUCAUUAAGAAACAUCCAUUUGAAAGUAGCCAGUUUUUGAUGUAUUCCAUAUUAAAACACUAUAAAGACGAAUUGAAAUGGCAAGCAGCAGUCAUUUUGGGAUCUGUAGAUUUUCUUGGCAAUCCAUUAGGUUUUGUGAACGAUGUAUCGGAAGGAGUAUCAGGGCUGAUUUAUGAAGGAAGCGUUAAAACAUUGGUGAAAAAUGUCACUCACGGCAUAUCAAAUUCAGCAGCUAAAGUUACCGAAUCAUUGUCUGAUGGAUUAGGUCGUGUUAUAUUGGAUGAAAGACAUGAGGAAGCAAGGCAAAGAAUCCGCGCUAAUACUACAGGUAGUAGUGACCACAUAGUAGCAGGUUUAAAAGGACUCGGCUUUGGUUUGCUCGGUGGUAUGACGAGCAUUUUUAAGCAGACUUACGAUGGCGCUGCUAAUGAAGGUUUCCCUGGAUUCUUUACUGGCUUUGGGAAAGGUGUUGUUGGAACAAUCACAAAACCAGUAGUAGGAGUUUUAGAUCUGGCAACAGAGACAGCUAGUGCUGUAAGAGAGACUAGCAGAAGCGCACAUCGUGUAAUACCAAAGCGUGACAGACUUCCGCGGGUAGCCUUUGGUCCGGCUGGUCUCCUCCCUCCAUAUAAUAAUCACCAAGCAGAAGGACAAGAGUUUCUCUACACUAUAAACAAUCACAAUUAUUCAGAGAUAUUUGUAGCUUAUGAAUGUUUACGAAGUGGUGCCGAAGAUUUACGAGUAUUGGUAUCGAACGAAAGAAUUAGAGUCAUAUCCGGUGGCACCAAAGGAGUUGUUACCGAAGUCAGUCUGACAGAUUUGGUACAUUGUCAACCGACCCAUAAAGUAGAAAGUAAUGGAACCAUACUUUACUAUAUUGAGCUGACAUCAAGGACUGACUCUGGGGCACUUUUAAAUCUGGAUGGGCCUGAAAUACUUAGAAGACCUAAAGUCAGAUGCGACAGCGAAGAGGUCGCGAAAUGGGUAUCCCAACAGAUUAAUUAUGCCAAAGGGAUGCAUGAAGAGCGUAGUUUGACACUGACCUCAUCUGACAACAUGCUCGAUGACAUGAGAAGUUAUAAAUAAAUAAGUACAUAGAUGAAUAAUAAGUAUGGCAAUAAUAAGUAUGGUAAUAAUUUUUUGUACAGUUAUGAUUUUUGGAUUUUAUUUUUCUGAGCAACUUUUUCUUUGCAACUUUUGUAAAUAUUUCUCUAUUUAUUGAAAAAUAACUUUAAGAGACUGAUGUAGAACUGUAUUAUGGUAUUGUGCGAAGUAAUAAAUUUUUAUUUCAAUGUAUUUUUAAACAAUAAAA